GUCCGAGAACUGCAUUCCAAGUUUCAAGGAUUAGAAGAGGAAUUGCAAAGAACACAACAGAAGGUGUCUUCUUUAGGCAGAGAGAAUACUACACUGGAUGCAGAGUGCCAUGAUAAAGAAAAAGAGAUAAAUCGUCUUCAGACUCGGCUUGCUGUUCUGGAGCAGGAGCUGAGAGAUAAGGAUCAGAUAGUGCAGAGAAGUAAUGAAAUUCUCUUGGCCACCCAACAGCAGAAGACGGGAUUAGAAGCUAGCGCAGGGAAGAAGCAGGCACAGAUAGGAAAGCUGGAAGCAACAAUACAGUCUUUAUCUGCAGAGCUCCUUAAGGCCAAUACUAUUAUUAAGAAGCUUCAAGGGGACUUGAAGACUUUAAUAGGAAAACUAAAGCUAAAGAAUUCUGUGACUGUGCAGCAGGAAAAGCUUUUGACUGAAAAGGAGAAGCUGAUUCAGGAAAGGGAGAAGAAAAUUGAUAAUGUGCAGCAUAGUCUUCAUGUGAAAGAAGAAGAGGUUGGAAAGUUGCAUGAAAGACUUCAAGAAACAGAACAAAAGUUAGAAGAGAGAGCAAAGAACUGCUUAAAACAAAUGAAAAUGUAAUUUCAUGGUUAAAUAAGCAACUGAAUGAGACUCAUUCCGUGGGCGCCAAUCAGAGCAAUGCCCCCUUCCGUGCCACAGUGUCACCCAACCAAAUGCCAGACAACAAAUACCUUGUCACAACACUCGCAUAAACUACCCUCUACCUUCCUACCCAGUUAUGUCCCUUGUUCCAGCCCCUGCAUCUUCCCAUCAACCUUCACUGGACAUAAAUCGUGCUGGCCUGAGGGUUCACUACAAUAAUCCACUUACCAGAAUACAACAACCACAAAGCCUUUCUGGGUCAGUUCCAAGUGCAAACAAAGAAAAUGGAGAAUCAGCUGGCCUGGAUUUGAAAUAUUUAAAGAAGCGAGAAGUGGGCCUCCCUUUGCAUGGCCUUAACCAGAACACUGCUUCAGAGCCACAGAAAACAAUACGUACAGUGCCACAAGCAAAGACAGUUCCUCCUAUUCAGUCUGCUUACUUUCCUGGACAAGCAUCCUCUUCAUGA